AUGUACAUCGGUAGUCGUCGUCCAAACAAUAUCGUCUUGACUCAGGUGAACACCUUGCCAACAUUCGGCAUUGCCUGUGCUGCUGCUAUCGACGGCCAGAGUAGCGACACAAACGAGGGAUCAGCCGUUGGAAUUCCUGGGAGCUGGUCCUGCGCCGCCUCUGUAGCACUGCGCCUUCUUGCUGAAAAGGGAGGCCUCGUUACUGCCAGGUCAGCGGCAGCUAUCGUCUAUGUCAGCCAAGGAUGCCUAGAGCAAACAGAAAGCAAAGGGUUCACGGAUUUGAAUGCCGCCACUGCUUGA